AUGGCGGGACGUUCCUGUUUGUACCAAUGGACUAACGUGUCUAUUAUCUUCAGUAGCUUCGGUAUGUACUUUUUGAGUAUGGGAAUGGUAACUUCGUUCGGUGUUAUGUACAGCGCGUUACGAGAUCAAUUUGGAUCUGGUGCUUCAGAAACCAGCUGGGUAGCUUCCCUUAGUUCCGGUCUGCUCCUAGUUACUGGUCCUACAGCCGGUAUACUAGAGAAGCGGUUUGGUUGUCGUGUGGUAGCUAUGACAGGAUCGACCCUGGUAGGUGUUGGUAUGGUCGCGAGCACAUUUGUCCCCUCCCUACAUUGGUUGUACCUGACCUAUGGCGUCAUUGCAGGUGUUGGUUUUGGUAUGCUCUAUCUGAUGGGAGCCGUGACGGUGAAUCUUACAUUCGAUAAACGUCGUUCUGUGGCGAUAGCGAUAGCCUCGUCUGGAACAGGAUGUGGAAACAUUGCAAUACCCUGGCUCACCACCGUGUGGCUUGAGGGGUAUGACUGGCGCCAAACCUUUCUCCUGCUUGCUGGUUUAGGCGUACAAGGUCUCGUCUGUGGCGCCAUUAUUGGCAACGUACAUACCAGUGGAGAACCUCGUGGAAAUCACAAGAAUGUUGAUAACGACCAUACAACACUCCGAGCAGCAGUGAGUGAAGUACUAAAGACGAAGGCUUUCCUUAUAUUCUCCGUAUCUGGAUUUUGUACAGCUUUGGCUUUCCUUGUUCCAUUUGUGAUGGUCCCAGAGUUGGCAAGGAGAAGGGGUAUAUCAGCUGCUGAUGUGGCUCUUAUAUUUACUGUAUCCGGAGUAUCAAGUAUUUUAGGAAAAAUUCUGGUCGGAUUCAUCAUUGACAUUGCACAUAUCAAUCGAAUAUGGACUCUGUCUAUCGCUCUGUUAGUUGGCGGAAUAUCCACGAUCGGCUGUGCAUUUGUAUAUGAAAAAUGGCUUUUCAUUGCGUAUGGUGUCAUACUAGGAGUUUUUACGGGGACGUUCGGCUUUCUCCAGUCCGUCAUUGUUGUUGAUCUCCUGGGAACCAAAUUAUUGGGAAUAGGAUUUGGAUUUCUUUCCCUAUUUCAAGGAAUAGCUGCUAUUAUUGGUCCGCCUAUCGCGGGUUGGAUAUCUGACAUAACAAGCGACAACACCGUAUCCUUUGUCUACGCCGGAUGUUUAUUUUGCCUGAGUUCCCUCUUUGCGUGUGCAAUCAAAACACGACCUGGCUUCAGUAAAUCGAAAAUGGAUAUGCGAACAGAGACCCAAACAUCAUCUUACCCAAAUGAUGUUCUUCUGAAUCGAUGCCGUAGGAACAGCAGUAUUUGA